AUGAUGACGAAUAGGGAAAUUUGGAAUGCCAUUAGCAGCUGUCUCCCCAUCGUUGCCUUGACAAUUCUGCUGUCGUUUGUAGCAGGGAUAUUUGUCUGGAUGAUGGUAAGCACAAAACAUAAUUUGGAAGAAGGAGAAUUGUAACACCCAGUGCCGGAUCUAGAGGGAAGGGGGAACUGGAUGGCUAGCCCCCUCCCCCUUAGAACAGCCCCCCUCCCGCCCUAAAAGAAAAUGAUAAGUGGAAAAACAAACGGAAAUGCGUAGAUCUUACUAAAAAAUAUAUAGAAAUACGUGGGCACCAAAAACCAUGGACACCCAACGACGGUUUCCUCUUAAAUGCAUUGAAAACACUUUUUAGGCUAUCCAGAGUACUUUUAGAUCGCUAAAAAUGCAUUCUAAGUGACUCUAAAAAAUUUAUAUCCGUUCGGUUAUCCUAGGGCAACUUGAGUCUUAUCGAAAUUGCAAGGGCUUCAGUAUUAUUUUCCUCAACAUUUUAGUUGCAAUUUAAAGUUUUACGAAAUUGAAAAUUCUUCUAAUUCCUCUCUGCAUCGCAUUUUCGAUUCCGAAAAUUUAAGGUUUCCUUUCCCUACGAAAAAUAGCUUAACCUGGGGAGUAAAAUGGGAAAAAUUUAACUUCAGAAAAUCAUAGGGAAUUUAUUAGAUAAGCGUCGAAAAUUGUACAUGAAUGAAACGGUCAUCUAAAAAGUUUUAGCUUUCCCCAAGCUAUAGAAAAUUCUAGGCAAUUUUUUUGAAUUUAGCUUAGGGAAAAUAGUAACUUGAACGCUGUUAGUUAAUUCUUACGUUUCAUAAUAAUACACUCAUCCGGGGGAAAUAUGCAAAAUACGUCCAUAACGAGGCUCCUGGUGUAUAGCAAAAAAAGUCCCAAAUGAACAAGCUUUAAUACCGUUCACCACCAUAACAUUACUCAGUUUAUGCAAGUUAAUCUUAGCCGACUGAUCGAGGAGGACUUGUCUUGUUAAAUUCAAACAGGAAACGAAGACCAAUAACGAGGAGUUUGGCAGGCCGUUUUAUCGCGGGAUAUUUGACGGCUUCUGGUGGGCUUUUGUUACCAUGUCAACAGUUGGGUAAGCACAUCUACACUAUAGGAAUCUUUGCUGAAGUCAUAGUAUACAGUUUUGCUCAUUAGCAUACAAAGUAACCCAUAGAAGGCGUCACGGCAUGCACAAAUUAAAUCCAAACGUUGAGAAAGUUGGUUAAUUUGAGCAAUAUCCCGCUCUUUGCAAGCAAUAACAAAGGAAUAACUACGAAAUUGCUGGGUGACAAAACCUUAAUGAGCCCAUAUAUUCUUUGUAAGGUUUCGACGUUUUCAAAGAUAAUUUCUCCGAAACUAUUCAGUAUAUCUGGCUCUUUUUAGACUGCAAAACAGUCGGUUUUUUCCUCAAAAUCAGUAAAGAAAUCGAGUAAAUCGAUAACGCGUGGCGUAAGAGUCUUAUGCGCGCGAACCGCGCUCGCCUCACACGCCCUACGAGCGAGAAAAAACCGACUGUCCGUUUUCCAUACAAUGAGUUCGUUCCGACCAGGGGGUUCAAAAAUGCCGUCGAGCUGUCAAAAAUCUGUUCACAAUCCCGCCCUCUUUAUGAAAUUGAUAACCUCGGUGACUGAUUUCGCGGGAGAAUACCGCUUGUUAUUGUCUGCACUUGGCUUCGAAUCUUGACGCUGUAAUCCUGUAAUUCUAAAGCAUUUUUUGGCGUUGCUUCUCUGUGAAAUGUAGUAUAUAUAGUGGAGGAUCAAAAAUGAGUGGAAGUGGCAGUACAACAACAAAGCCUGCCUGCUCCUCGAAGAGGGAAAAAGCCGAAAGUGCCAAGCGCUUCGGAUAAAUUGUAGAAUGUGCGGCUGUUGUUUUAAAACACAGUUCGGCAAUUUUACGAGUGGAUGGAUAAGCUCAGAAAAUGUGUUUGUUGCGCCUACCAGAAAAGGAGAAACGUUACCAAAGUGGGCCGACCUACAAAAAAACGAAAAGUUCGUUGUCCCCAAGGAAGGAGAAUCUUUCUCCACAAGAGUUUUCUCCUCGUGCGGAACAAAGGUUAGAAACUACCCCGGGAAACUGCACGGUGAUGCUUUCGCAAAUUAGAGAAGAACUGAACACGUCAACUGACAAUGAACAAUUAUUGCGAUUGAAAAGAAUGAGUAAAUACCCUCAUUCCAAUCCACGUCUUGGUGAUUUAGCUCUGUAAAUCACUAUCUGUGAGAAUUUAAAAUACUGCUAAAAACCCUAACGAGCUGGCUCCGGCGUGACAAAACAUUGCAGGAAAUAGUCACAUUCACGGACAUAAAGAAAAUCGCUUAAAAUUAUUCAAAUCCAGGAGGCACUUUGGAGAAAUAAAACAACCUAAAACCCUUAAUCAGCCGCAAUGAAGAGCUUUACAUUUCUAAAGGGGCCAAGAAAGAAAAUGCUCUUGCAUCAGACGGCAAAUCAUAAUUUAAGACCCAUAUAUAAAGUCAUUCUCAAGUUUCAUGUUUAGUGUUUAUCGGGUCCAUAUUGAACGAGAUACAGCCAUUCGAAAACUCUAGCAUUAAAAUCAAUAUGCGUGUCACAACCUGUCAGUAUGAAAUAUAUUUAAUAAGCGGCCAAAAUUCACGAUUGCUCAGUCAAAACGUUUUCCUCCAAAGCAUAAUCUACUCGACAGAGAAAGCAAUUUAUUGGAACAGGCAGCAUUUUUGCAUGAGGUGAAAGUCGUGUGUUCCCUACCGAUCCCCCUUUUUUUAGCCAAGCAAGAUAACAAUGACGGUCGGCCGUUGAACAGAACUUGACGAACUCUUUGCAUGAACCACAUCUGAUAAAUGAGGCUUUUGUCAAAUCCUGUUGGUAGAACACAGAAAACAUCCUUUCCCCUGAGCAGUAACUCCAAAGCUUCCCUCUGCUCCGAUUUUCAAACAAAUCCCAAUUCUUGCGAGCAUAUCCGGCCUAUCCAUCAUUUUACGGCGAAAGCUUUAGCAAUUCAUUUCGGUAGGAAUAUCGCGAAUGACUUGUUGAAAACAUUACUUGACAGUUUGGUGACAGCUUGCAUCGAAAUUUAGCCAAUGGGAAUUGCCCGUGGCUGGGAGAAGCGGGUAAUUCGAACGAAUAUAACGUAUGCAAAACGGACAGUCCGUAUUUUUUAGCGUCUCUCCCCAGUCUUGCUCUCUGUUUUCAGCCUCGUUCCACACCUUUGUUUGACUGCUCGCGCGUACUUGAAUACGCAAAAAUACGGACUGUUUUGCAGUCUACGCUCUUUUUUUUGUCAUAGAUAACUGAAAUUGUGAUGCUCUUUCCAUAUUCAGAGGGUUUAUUUCAAUAGCUUAAUCAUAGAAUGAGAGGCAUAUGCUAACUGAGGCAAAAAAAUGUAACGAAAGAUUUGCCUAUUAGACAAUUUUAGGUUAUUGCCUAAUUUCAAACCGAGAGUGGCUGGGUCGAGUCCGUUUAUUAUGGAAUAAAUAAUUUAAGACCCAUAUAUAAAGUCAUUCUCAAGUUACAUGUUUGGUGUUUAUCGGGUCCAUAUUGAACGAGAUACAGCCAUUCGAAAACUCUAGCAUUAAAUAACAAAUAUUAGGGACCCUAAGCAACCGACGACGGCGACGUUUAGGAAAACGUUACUUAAGGUGGCCCUAACCUAUUUAUGUGCGCGUUGGUUAUGUUUUUGAAACGCGUUUUUUUGCCAGGAAAGAUUUAACCGAUUUCUGUGAUUCUUGUCAUCCUUAAUAAAGAAUGGUCGAACUUUAAGAUUUCUUGUAGGCAUUAAAACGUUUGAGAUAUCGGGAUAUGUUUAAAACCGUAUUUUUACAAAAAAAUGUCAAUAAUUUCGAAAUCCUAGGACAGAUUUUUCUCAAACAAGCAAACAAGCCUCAGAGCUCUCUAGUUUUAUUUCUGCAAGUUUGAAGUCAAUCGUGACCGUAGAACUCGCUGCACAAAUAGCUGGUCAAUUUUAACCUUAAAAUGUAACGCUAACACAUUUGUCAAAGUUGACGCACAAGUAGAGGAAAACUGCCGACGGACUAUCUCCCGCAAUAUAGGGCAUUCUUGCCCAAAGCUUCAGUUACAAGAAACUGGCUAAUCAGAGACCUACAGCGAAUACAGUUCGCAAUACAAGAAGGACAACUUUAAGCUGAAUGCAGGGCAAGAUUAAAAAACUUCUAUUCAUCAAACUUACUUUGUAUUUGUCCCUCUCUUUUCGAAACCUGUCUUAACAAGGCAAAAUAUAGCAUCUACGAAAAACUCUCAAGAGUUUUUAGCGUCGCAGGUUUCCGUUUUGAGGAGAAAUAAAGCCACCAACUCCAGUACUUCUAACCGUCAAUUUUUCAGCUGCACUGCCGGAAAGCACUUGUAAUUGGUAAUUUAUUCAAGACUUGACAUCGCAUUCGCACGGCAAGUUUGCCGCUUGGGAAUAAAGAUGAAAAAAAUAUGACAAUCGUCUUAUUCUUUUUAUUAUCCCCGGUGGCAAACUGGCCGUGCGAAUGUGAUGGCAAAUCUUUCAAGCUUGAAUAAAUUACCUAAUACAAGGGUUUUUGUUGCAGCUGAAAUUGGAUCGGUUGUAGAACUGGAGUUGGUGGCUUUAUUUCUCCUCAAGACGGGAACCUUCGGUGCUAGAAACUGGUAGGAGAUUUCCGUAGAUGCUAUAUCUUGCUUUGUUAAGAUUUUUUUCGAAAAGAGAAGGGCAAAUACACAGUAACUUUGAUAUAAAUAGAUGUUCGUUCAUCUUGCCCGCGUUCGGCAUAAAGUUGUUCUACUUGCAUUGCGAACUGUAUUCGCCGUAGGUUUCUGAUUAGCCAGUUUCUUGCAACUAAAGCUUUGGGCAAGAAUACCCUUGGAGUUAGGAGAUAGUCCGUCGGCAGUUUUCCUCUAUUUGCGCGUCAACUUUCACAAAUGUGUUAGCGUUGCAUUUUAAGGUUUAAUUUGACAGGCUAUUUAUGCAGCGAGUUCUACGGUCACGACUGACUUCAAACUCGCAGUUAUAAAACUAGAGAGCUCUGAGGAUUAUUUGCUGAAGUUAGAGAAAAAUCUGUCUUAGGGUUUCGAAGUUAUCGACAUUUUUUGUAAAAAUGCGGUUUUAAACAUAUGCUGAUAUCUCAAACGUUUUUAUACCUACAAGAAAAUAAUAACAGUUUCUUAAAGGUCGACCAUUCCUUAUUAAGGAUGCCAAAAAUCAUAAAAAACGGUUAUUAAGUCCUUCCUGCCGAAAAACGCGAUUUUAAAACAUAACCAACGCGCAUAUAAUAGGUUCGGGCCACCUUGAAAAAAGAACUCGUACUACUUCAAUAUUUUUCGCGCUUAUUCCAUCUCGUUCAAGAAAGCGUGAUGCAAGUGCAAAGGUUGCUGUUUUGCCAGUCUAAACCAAAAAUGGAUAAAGAGCUUUAUCCUCUCUUGUCUAAACCUAUUGCUUUUUUGCCGUUAUCGUUGCCGUCAUCGUUGCUUAGCUCCCUAACUGGACUUCCGGACGGUGUGUGUCUGGUAAGCCAUAUAUCUAUAUAUUUCACCUUUUUAAAUAGCUAUAUCUUGUUCAAUAUUGACCCGAUUGACACCAAACUUGAGAGCGUUCCUAACCUCAAAGUGCUCUUUUUGACCAUGAGGCUCUCAUGUUGUUUAUCCUAUAAUAAACGUACUCGUACCCAGCCCUGCUCUAAACUUCCCUGUUUGAAACUAGGCAAAGGUACACCUUUAUAUAGAUACGGGAGUGAUGUUGAAUAAAUUAGUUCGAGAAGCUAUCAUGGGAUGCCCAGGGUGAUUGGUAUUUCAAUGUUUGAUAAUGAGCUUGAAAUAAUAUGGGGAAAUAAAAUUUAAACCAAGGAUAAAAUGGAACCACAACUUAUCCUAUCCGUGCAUGCAUUCAUCCGAUGGUUAAGCCGGUAUCUUGUGUGAUCUGCGAUUUAAGCCAUUAUGUUCCCACUGAAAUAUUGAAAUAAUAUAUGACUGAUCUGUAGUACACAAGUAAUAAUAAAUCAAGGUAAUUUCGAAAAAAAAGAUAACGAAUCUUCUUUCUUCAGUCGGUUUUUGGUGACUCUGAUGACGAUGUUAAGAAUAACAAGAAACGGAAGUAGAACCAUUUUCUCAGUAGAUAGCUCAAACGUUUUAAAUUUUGAAUGCAUUUUUUCUUGAAGAUACGGCGACAAGACGCCCAAGUCUGUAAUUGCCCGACUGUUCGCUGUGGGUUGGAUAAUGAUUGGUGUCACCCUCUGCUCGCUUUUGGUAGCCACAUUGUCUAGAGCUUUGACAAGCGUUACUGUGGAGAGAUUUGGUGUGGUCGCACGAAUAAAGGUUCGUACAAAAUGCAAUGAGAAUUUCAUUUCCUGUCGUCUUGAUGUUAGCGACGUCCUUACGGGGGAACAAGGAUGGCGCGGUGGUGACAGCACAUUACACGCCACCCGCCAAUGUGGCCCGAGGUCAAACCCCGGCGUCGACACCAUAUAUGGGCUGAGUUUGUCGCUGCUUCUUUUCUUAGUUCCCAGAGGUUUUUCUCCGGGUCGUUCAUUUUCCCCCUCUCCUUAAAAACCAACACUUCCAAAUCUGGAUUUUCAAUCUGGAAUUUCAAUCUGGAACGCACGGACACGUUUCAACGAGUUCGUAAGAACUUUUAACUGCAUGCUUCGUGGGUAAACAAUAGAGAGCAAUGACAAUCCUUCUUGUUCUAUAGGUUGGUGCCACAAGAGAUAGCAUUGGUUUGCAGAAAGCAGUGAAUCUUGGUGCGAACGUAAGAGGUGAUUGCCCUUUUGCUACCAAACUAUUCCAGGAUACUUCUUUAAUUCAAAGAGACUCACAGUGAAAGAUCUAAGUUAGGUACACUAGCCGAUUUUUUUUUUUUUUUUAUGUCUACUCAGAUUUUGAGGACCUUGAUGAGGCCUACAAUGCUUUGAUCAAUGAAAAGUCGAUCGAAGGAGUGAUGGAGGAGGUGUUCACAGCCAUGGAAUAUAUCAAGAAAAAGAACAAUCCAUUGUUUUCUGUUGUCCAUUUCUUUGAAGAGAAGCAUGGCUAUGGUGUGGCAUUCAAAAACAAUCCUUUUGGGGGAAACAUUAUACUGGACAACUGCAUCAGGGAUGUUGUCCAAUUUGUAGUCAACGAUGAUGAAUAUGCUGUUAUUACCAAGUUCGUUGGUAACAUCGAGGUAUUAUUUCUAGUUCAGUCAUUUCAAUUAUACGAUACAAAACCCAACACUGGUGGCACUCAAUUGAUCAAACCCCGGCAUUCAUGAAAAACAGGUCUUAGUUAGGUUAGUUGUAGUUCGCUUUUGUUUAGAGUAUAGUUAGGUUAUCUAUAAUUUUAUACUCUGACAGAUCUUACCUUGUUUGAAUAAAGGACUAUUCUCAUUAUUCUCUAUGAGCGGAGCCUCUCCGUAUAAAAUUUUGUUGAGUAGCCUCCACGGGAAGGGGGGAUGGUGGGCGGGGGGCGAAUAACCAACGUGCUUAAUGAAUAAUCCAGAGAAAUAAAUGUUUCUAAGGUUUGUGGAAUGCUCCUUAGAAAUCUUUCCGUAUUCAUAAUAUUUCUGGCCACCCUUAUUCAGAUAAGAAAUGAUAAUAGACACACACAAUUCUAAGCCCUUGUUCCAGUCUCCAGAGAGCACUAAGCUUUACCCCUUUCACAGGCAAAAGCGUUACGGUUAAUAUGUAUACCAAGUUCAGACCAAAAGGAGUAUAAAAACUAAACCCCUUUUAUUUGUUUAUUUUGUGGCAUAAAGUACCUAUAUACACUGAAUAACUUAGAGUAAGUGAGUAUUCCCCCUCCGGGGAACAAGUCAUAAAACAAUUAAGGCAAAGCUGAUAAACAUGUAGUCGUUACCAGGAGCUGUAAUUGCUCAUUUAUACAUCAGGAAGAAGAGAAAGAAUGUGAAGGAAACUUCACGGGGAAAAAAUCGCGAUGGCAAGGCUCAACUGUUUAUUGAUUGCUGGUUACUGACCAUUGAUGAUGCAUUGCCAUCAAUGGCCAAGAAUCAUCUAAGGAGAGAAUUACUUGUGGAGUUCCCCGGGGCUCAAUUAAAGGGCCACUUUUGUUCCAAAACAUAUUAACCCACUCUGAGUCCGACGGCAACGCAUGCUAGUCAUUUUCGUCUAGGUGAAAAAAUGGCUAGCUGAACCUGUCGACACAAAUGGCCGAAUUUAUACUAGAGUCGAGUUAUCCGUCUGGACGGAUUAUCCGUCAGACAGAUAAUUCGUCUAAGUAUAAAUCCGAAGACGAAUUUUGCUCCAUAAUUUAUCUAUAUGUUUUAAGCGGGAAACAGGAAACAUUGCGAAAAUAUAGAAACCAGUCCCCUUAAUGUGGAAACUUCGUCAAAAAACCGUCUACGUUCCGUCUAGAUAUAAAUUUAGAGACGGAUAAUCCGUCUAAGACGAAUUAUCCAUCCGCUAGCACGUCUACAAGACGUGCUAACAGACGAAUCAGCCUCAGACGAACUUUGCUCCAUAAUACGUCUUAGACGGAUAAUCCGUCUCUAGUAUAAAUUUCCCGUUAAUCCGAGGCGCUAAUAUAACUUUUUUGAUUAAUUGCUCCAUCUUCAGAAUUCCAGCAUUGAUUCUGGGGCAAAACAAGAGCAGCAGGGACUAGAGGUCAACAACAUCUUAGGUGAUCUGAAGUCACCAAUGUUUAUUAUAGCUGUCGUUGGCCUGGGUGCAGUCUUCCUGGUGUUCGUUAGUGCUUAUAUUUGGCAUAAGUAUUGCAAACGCAGACGAGUGAACACGGCCGAAAAUAAAGGCCAUGUUGGUGAAACCGGAGAAUUUUGGGGUAAGUGCAUGAAAUAUCAUUAUCGUAAUAACAGCAUUGAACGUCGAAUUGUUUAAACCAAUCAUCAAUUUCUGUUAAAAAAUAUUCUAUUCUAAACUAAAAUCCUCCGAAUUCAUUACCCUAUGUGUAUCCUAGAUUAAACUGGUUGAAAAUCCUACUAGUAUUACGUUAUCAUCACAUCUUUGCCAAUCUUUUUGAAUUUUUUAUAGCUUCGUGAAAAUCCUUCCCUGCAUUUGAUCUCGAAGUGGACGAAAAUUUGUUUUUCCUGACUAAAUUAAUGCGCAUUAUUUUUCAGGUGAAACUAUCAAUGGGAAAUCGCCAGAUGAGAAACGGUUUUCUGGGAUUUUAAAAACUGAGUCUGUAUAG